CAGAUCAUCACAGUCAAGACACAGGUUCUAGGUUCCUCACCAGCACACACUCCACAUCAACCGAUACCAGGGAUCAUCACUCCAUCACCAGGUUACAUACACACUCUUACUAAUACCAGCCACCACAACUUCAUUCACUGCACCACCACCACUUCAGAUGCCCAGCCAGAUUUCCAGCAGCCUGAGAGAGAGGUCCAGCUGCAAAGCCUGAACAGGCCGAGUCUUAUCUAGGGGCUUUUCAGCACGUGAGACACCUGGUUCAGGGUUAGUCUCGGAGAUGGAGCAGGAGGCCGAGAGUCCGGUGGCCGGGAAGGCCGAGGAGCAGUCCGGCAGCCUCCUCUACACGUACUUCCAGGGAGAUAUUAACAGCAUGGUGGACGCACAUUUCUCCAGAGCCCUGAGCAAAGCGACCAAACCCAAAGCAGAACUAAUUAAAAUCAAGAAAACCCGCAAAACAGCCAAGACUGAGGAGCCAGGCUCCAGUAACUGGGACGUGCAGUCACCUCCACACUUCGGACACUCGUACGCUCCAGGACGGAUCCACUUUGGCAGGCGCGAGGAGCCACAGACGAACCCUCAUCUGGAACCGAUCCCUCCCGCCGCGAGCUCCACCGUAUGGCCUGGUGGCCCCCGGCCAGGUGCAAGCUUGGUGCUGCCUCCCAUGGUGUAUCCCUCUGCUGCGUCUGCCAAGGGUCUGGUGCUGCCUGAUCAACAGUACAGUAGUUCCCUAUUAAACCUGCUCCACAGCGACCGCCCUGAUCUGGGCACAGUCAUGGUUUCAGCCUCUAAACAGGAGUUCAUUCCAGGCUGGACCAGACAUCCCGGAUUCGAGGAUCAGAUGCCGCCCCAUCACAGCCUCGACUCCGGAAUGCAAAUGAUAGACAAGAAGGACUUGUACUGGUAUUAACGGAGGACUGAGAGCGUGCCGCUGAAAGGACACUGCCUCCCACGAACAAGGAAUCGUCGUCUCUGUUUUGCUUUUUUACCCAUUUAACCAGUUCUGAGCCUUCACUGAGAGCUCCUGAACUCGCUGAGAAAGGAGCAUGUGCAGACUAACCUGUUCUGAAACUGGAUCUUCACGUACUGCUGACGUGCUGCAGGUUGUAAAGGACAGGCCUGAGGCAGCCUGGGGGAAACUGCACGCCUGUGUUCGGCUCCUGGGGCAGGAAUGAAGACAGAACAUUUCAAAAGACUUUCACACAGAAAGCUGCCCUAUAGCUGCCACACAGUUCACAAAAUACAUCCUGAAGAGUUUACGAGCCUUUUGUUUAAUAUGUACAGCCUCAGUCACACUGUAGAGAUUAUUUUAUUGUAUUAUAUUCAUCAAGCAAACACUGGCAGAUAUUAUUGGUUUGUUUAAAGCAGAAGUCACUUUUACAGUUUAUUUUAAGUUGAAAGCAGAAGUAUUGCUGAGUUUGAAGGGGACAAAAUUCUCUAAUAAAAAGUAUCAGUAUGCUAACAAGACCAUCUCUGCAACAUCUAAUAUAUUUAUUCAAAAUUAAGAGUGUUCUGUUGAAAGUAAUUGAAAGUAUUUCAGAAAUGAACAAAAUGAAUAAAACAAUACAGUGAAAAAUACAGGAUUAUACACAGCAAUUUAUUUUCAUUAACAUGCAUUAAAAGUACAGUCUGGUCCGUGUAAUUUUUAUCAGUUUGUUUCUCUGAUUGGAUCAUUUUAAUUGUUUUUCAUUUAGCCUCACCUGGUCAAAAAAAUUAAACGGAGUACGUUUAAUGCAGGUUAAAUUUCUGUGUAUAUUACAACAAAAAUAAUAAUACUAAUAAAAAAAUAGACUAAAAUAGACUAACUUAAAUUUUUUUUAUGAAUCCGCAAAACGCAUUGACUACUGCUUUAAAAAGUGAAAUUAUACGCAAAUGCAUUACAAUUUUCACUUACCAACCAGAAAUCAUUUAUAAUUGUACACAAACUGAACACUGAACUAAGAUGAUUCUUAGAUGGUCGAGCGAUCUCCACACAGAGCACUCUCUCUCUCCUCACAAAGAUGUCCUUAAUGCUAAGAUGCUUUUGAGUAACUGGGCCCAGAUCAUCUUUCUUUAUUUUAAUGUUUAUGAAAGAAAUGUUAUAUGUUACAGAAAUAUACAUAAAAAAUAUUAAAUCAGCUUUGCCAUCAAGCUGCCGGCACUCAGAGGGAGCAAAAUUGGCCCUGCUCCCUCCGAGUGAGCAGAUGGUGCUCUCUUCUCACAUCACUCCUAGGAUGAUGUUCACAGCACAAGGCGUCUGUGAGCUGAUGUAUCAGAACCGAGCGGCUGCGCUUUCCUCCGAGUGCGCCGUGACGAUGCUCAGCAAUGCUGCAUCAGCAACAGCUCAAAAAGAAGUGGUUCACAUGUAUCGGAGGAGGCAUGGGUUAGCCUUCACCCUCCUGGUGUGUUGGGGCAUUACUAGUAAUAGGAGUCCUAAUGAGUGGGUUGGGCAAUUGGAUGUGUAAAUUGGGGAGAAAAUGGGAAAAAUUAGAAAUAAAAUUAUAUAUAAAAAAUAUAUGUAAAAAAAAAAUCAGUGCCAUAACAUAAACCCUAUAUUCUGAGACAAAUAAUAAAAUAUUAUAAAUUUUUCACUGUAACAUUUCUUUCAACCACAAUAUGUACAUUUAAUUAAAAUAAAUAUUAAUAUCCUUUUUCUGGGUCUCAGGAGGAUACUGCUAAAAGUAUAUGGCUUUUACUUUUACUUGAGUAAUAGUAUGUAUAGCCACCCAUUUAAAAACAAAAAAGAAAAUCAAGUUGGUGCUUUAACUGACUAAGUUGUAACAUUACUGGUGUGCUUAGUACAUUUGAGAUGAUUUACACACUGUUUAAUAAUGAAUAUCUGCCUUCACGAUCAUGCUGUUCCCUCUCUUACAUAAGUAAAAAUCUUCUGGCUGUUGUGAAAAUGAAAGCACGGCUCAUGCUGAAACAAAACUGGACUAAACUGGAUUCUACAGUCUGACAGAUACCUUCAGUUACAGCACAUGUUCUAAACUGUACACUACUCUUGUUGUAUAAUGUGUAAUAUUAUAUGGAUGAUAUAUGGUUUAGGGAUAUAAUGAGUGUAUAGUGUAUUCUAUAUUUCUGUAGAAAUUAUGUGUGAAAAUGUAUAUGAUGUAUACACUGUAUUCCUGUUCAUGUAUCUUUAAUUCGAUAUAUAAUACACCUUUUCUACUAUGUAAUAAUAUGUAAUAAAUAUUUUGUUUUUUAA